AUGAUAGCCUCAUCAAGCCAAGCGCUAUCAGACAGCACCACCAGUCAUCAACCCAUCGUUCCUCAAUCAAGUGAUACUAGUAGUAGUAGCGAUAUCAUCUCGUCGAAUAGUUCUGCUGAUUCAUCCGACCAUAAAAUCAGCCAUAAGCACGACCACAGGCAUAGUGUACAAGAAAACGUGGUAGAGCAUAGACCUGAGGAGACGUCCUUGACACCUAGUGGCAAUGACAAUGGCAUCACAAAGCCCGAUGAUGAUACGCCAGCAUACUACACUGAAGGCUUGAAAAACCCAGGAUGGCUCACAGUGUUUGCGACAUUUAUGCUUAACUUUUAUACGAUAGGCGUAGUAAGUAGCUGGAAUGUCUUUCAGGUCCUAUACCUUGAGGUGUAUGCUGAGCAAACAGAUGAAGCACGUGUUGCCUUAAUAGGAACAUCUAUGAAUGCAAUCAUGUAUGCUCUUGGUUUGGUUGCCACACCUAUUAUCCAGCGACUUCAUUAUCGUGGUACCAUCUUCCUAGGUGCUGUCAUUUGUUGUCCCCUCAGUCAGAUCUUUGCCAGCUUUGCUACUGAGAUAUGGCAAGUAGCCUUAUUGCAGGGUGUGAUGUUCGGCUUUGGCACAGGUCUUUGUUAUACCGCUUCCUCAACAUUACCCUCACAAUGGUUCUUUCGCAACCGUGGUCUUGCGAGCGGCCUUGCAAGUAUGGGCGGCUGUAUUGGUCCCAUGGUAUUCUCACCCAUGACACAAGCAUUGAUUACAAGUUUGGGAUAUCGCAAUGCGCUACGUGUACUUGCCGCUAUUGGCUUCACCAUUUCUUGUCUGGGGGUGAUCUUGAUCCGACCACGGUAUCCAUCGCCAUCACCACCAUCACCACCACCAUCAUCAUCAUCAUCAUUGUCAUCAGUGAAGAGCGAUACACAACAAUCCAAAUGGUGGCAGCGUUUCCUCGCCUUGGAUCGAGCCAUGUUUACAUGGAAGUACAACUUUUACCUAUUACAUUCAUUCUUGGUGUCGUUUGCAUAUACAACACCCGUCAUAUUAUCGCAAACCUAUGCAACCGAACUCGGUGCUGAUCCUGCAUUUGCAUCCAUCUUUGUUUCGAUCCUUGAAGCAUGCAAUGGUCUUUCACGUCUCAUUUUCGGUUGGCUGGCUGAUCACUGUAUCGGACGCAUCAAUGUUGUUUUUCUCACAACGCUCAUAUCUGGCAUUUUCACGUCGGUGAUUUGGCAAAAUGCAAUGAGCAUUCACAUCUAUUUACUUUAUUGCGUCCUCUUUGGCUUGACAGGUGGUGUAUUUAAUGGUUUUCAGCCUGUCGUCAUUGCUGAAAUUGUGGGUGUCAAGGGAAUCCAAGAAGGUGUAGGUGUAGUUUACUUUAUGGCACUCUUUGGCUACUUGGCUGGAACACCCAUAGCGGGAGCUCUACACAUCCAUUAUGGAUGGACCGCUGCCAUUCAAUUUACGGGUGCGAUGACUAUGGCAUCGGCAAUGGCUGUUUUGGGAACAAGGCUCUUAUUCAAUAAACGGCUGCUAGCAAAGGUGUGA